AUGCAAUUUGAAAUUGAUUUAUUGAGACAGCAAGUUGCCAGGCUUGAGGUUGAGAAUACGAAAUUGAGACAGGUUAUAGAGGAGAAUACCAAAUGUAAAGCUGAGAAUACUGAGCUUAAAGCUGAAGUAUUAAAAUUAAGACACGAUUUUGAGAAGCUUAAAUGGCAAACCCGAGUUAUUACUAGUACACAAAAUAUGCCUUCUUUUGUAGAGCAAAGCCAUUUACAUAAAACAGAAAAUAUUUCGCACUCUCCAACCAGUUUACCAUUACCAGACUAUUACUUUGAUAGAAAAGAUAAUAUCAGUAUAAGUCGGCGAAAAGCUAAGCCCAAGUCAUUGGAAGAAAAGGAAGAAGAUGAAUUUCUGAAUACAAUACAUAAGGCACAGGUUAGUAAAGAAAUAAUUCAGAGCAUUAAGGAGAAGAAACUUUGA